AUGCCAGGACGUCGUAAAAAUAUAGAACAAUUGAUGGAGCGAAAUCCAGACGCGAUUAUGAGGAUUUUGGAGCGAGAAGAAGGUAUAUUAGAGAUUGAAAUGGGAUCGGAUACUGGGAUGAUAGAUGUGCAUCGGAUGUUGAAAGAGGACUUACAUUUGCAAGAAGAGGUUUCAGGAGCUUUGGAGAAAUUCUAUGAACCGGGACACGCCUCCAAUGGUGGUGUUGUUGGCCAUGAAGAAGACGUAGAUGACGUUUACGACGCAGAUGAACAUAAAGCCAAGACAACAGAAGUACGAAAAAAUCGAGAAACUGGAGGCGUUGUGCAAGAAGUAGUACCACCGGAGAAUUUCAGUCAUGUCGUUGGUGAAAUUUACCGAUCAAGUUUUCCAAGGCCUGAGAAUUUCGAUUUUUUAGAAAAUCGGAUCAAGCUCAAAUCGAUACUAGUGCUUAUUCCAGAGGAUUAUCCUCGUGAAAACCUGGAAUUUAUGGAACGGGCUGGAAUUCGAUUGUUUCAGGUCGGGAUGAGUGGCAACAAAGAACCAUUUGUCAAUAUUCCGUCUGAUUUGAUCACAGAUGCACUUGAAGUGGCAAUGAACCCGGAAAACCAUCCUAUCUUGAUUCAUUGCAAUCGAGGCAAACAUCGGACCGGGUGUCUAGUGGGUUGCAUCCGUAAAUUGCAGAAUUGGUCCUUGACAAUGAUUUUUGACGAAUAUCGUAGGUUUGCGUUCCCGAAAGCGCGCGCGCUGGACCAACAGUUCAUUGAAAUGUACGACGAUAACACUAUCAAGGGUACUGCGGCCAAGCAUCGUUGGAUUCCUAUAAGCUGGUGA